GGCGCAUAUAAAAACCUAUGCCCCAUGCCGACGGCCCAUUCAAAAUCGCACACCUUAGCGCGUCGCGUGGACAUCGACGUAGUCGUUCCCCCCCUUUUUUUGUUAAACAAAAAAAAAAAAUAAAUACCCAAAAUUAAAUUAAAACAAUAACCCUUUCCCGUUAAAUUAACCCAACAAAAAAAAAACACUAACCCAAAAUCCACAAAACGCGCUCUGUUCCAAAACUAUAUUUUUUUUUUUUGCUGUGCCAGCAAGACAAAGAAAACAAUUUUCAAAAAGUGCAAUUGGAAUAAAAAAAAAAUAGAAGAAAUAUUAACCGUUAUACUUGCAAAAAGCACAAACAAAUGCAAAAAUGUGCCACAAUUCGGGAAUUAUGGAGAAAAGCAACGAGCAGCAGAUCGAACGGUACAUGGCCUACGGGAUGCCAUCAAAGGCGGUGAGAAGUGUCAAAUACACUCUCAAGAAGCGCGAGAAGAAGCAACAGCAGAAGGAAGAAGCUCUCCAAAAGCUACAAAAACAGGAGCAACACUUAUUGGAGCAAUUGGAGCUAACAAGCAGCAGCAGCAGCAGCAGCAGCGGUAGUGGCAGCGGCAGCGCUAGCAGCAGUGACGUUAGCAGCGACAGUGAUGCCGAUAGCGGUACUGAUGUUGCUGCCGCCAAAGCUGCCCAUGGGGGAGAGUCCAUGGAGGAGUCGAAAAGUACCGUUAAGCCAUUGGAGCGUAGAAAGAGCAGCCUGGCAGCUGCAUUUCCCAACACUACAGUGCAUUCUGGAAAUAUUGAACUUUUGAAAUUUUGUCCACAUUUUCGUAAAAUGCAACAACAGGAGCAACAACAAAUGAUAAAGGAGCAACAACAGUUGCAACAACAACAACAGCAGCAACAAGAAAAAGCCGAGGAAAGUGGCGAAGUAACAACGGUACUUUCAACUGCAGCUCUGAAAGCGCAACAACGAAAACUUAGCUCCAUGGAGCCGUCCAUGGACGAUGCCCUGGCCAUUGGAACUCAGAUGACACGUCAGGUGUCCGAGAGGAUCACCUACCUGGUGGCCCAGCUGCAGGCCAGCCGUCUCUACACAAUUCUGACGCGUACAACACAACCAGCACACUUGAUCGCCGUUUGCAUACUGGCCUUCGUGAUGAUGACUGUGGGACGCGACCUCAUCGACCCAGCAACGACAACAACAACAACAACAACAUCGGUAGACUCUUCACUAGCAGAUGCAACAUCAUCACAAUCCACAACGAGAUCAUCCACGGGCGGUGUACUGGCUGCUCUGAUCUACUUGGGGGCAUUUGCAACACACUUUGGAUCACAGAUCUGGAUGACAUUUGUCUCGGGACUCUCGCUGUAUUUCUCGCUGCCACGUCAUGUCUUCGGGCAGUGCCAGCAGAUCCUGUUCCCUCGCUACUUCGCCUUCAAUGCCAUGCUCAGCCUGACCAUGCUGGUGGUGUAUGCGAAGUACUUCCUGAGCGGAUGGACGACAUCGGCGGGCAUUCAAAUGGGAUCACUCGCCCUGGCGGCGGGUAUUGAGGUGGUGGUGCGAUUAUAUCUAGUACCGCCGAUGCUACGGCUGAUGCACGAGAAGUAUAGGAUCGAGGAUGCGAUCGGUAGUGGUCAGGAGGUGGGUAGCCUGGUGCAGGGCGAUCUGAUCGAUUGUCCGCACUAUCAGCGCAUCCACAAGGGAUUCCGGCGCAUUCACAUGACCAUCGCCAUUGGCAAUAUGACGGUCAUGCUGACCACGUGCCUGCAGCUGUAUUUUCUGGCAUCGAAAAUACGCCUCAGCUAAGGCACCCCAAACAGCCCCCGAUUUAUAAUGAAUUUACGUAUAUAUAAUAUAUAUUAUUUAUAGACUCGUAAGAUCACAUCAUCACACCAACAACUGUAUUUCAAUAUUCGAUAAUUUGUGUCUCAAAAAAAAAAAAAGCAAAAAAAACAAACAAUCAAUAAUUAUGCUUAUCGAAUAAUUGAUUUAUUUUUCAUCCCAAAAAGAAGUAGUCUCCUCCUCCAAAACUAGAAAAAGAAGCGACACUCAAAAAAAAAAAAAAAACAAUCUGAUUUCCUGUGAUAAACUCAGCCCGCCUCCACACCCCCCACCAAUCACACACACUCCAGUCUACUCCCCCAACACACACACACACACACACAUUUAGUCGAUAGUCGAUAGCCAAUAAUUUACACAGUUAUUAAUUAAUAAUUAAUAGCCUAUUGAUAAUUAAUUGUAUUCUUUAAUAUUUGUUUUUUUUUUUGUUCUGAGAACGCGCGCAAAUCA